UGCCAGUGUAAGGACUGUGAACAUGGAGAAAUCCUGUGUUUCAGUGGAAUGGACAGAAGGAGGUGCCACAAAGGGCAAAGAGAUUGAUUUUGAUGAUGUGGCAGCAAUAAACCCAGAGCUCUUACAGCUUCUUCCCUUACGCCCUGAGAACAAUCUGCCCCUGCAGGAGAAUGUAACGGUCCAGAAACAAAAACGCAGAUCAAUCACCUCCAAAAUUCCUGCUCCUAAAGAAGCUCUUCGUGGCCGCUCCACUCGCAUGUCCACAGUAUCAGAGGUUCGCAUCACCACUCAGGAGAAUGAUAUGGAGGUGGAGCUGCCCAUGCCUGCAAACUCCCGCAAGCAGCUUUCCGUUCCCACCCGCCCCCCUAGGCCCUCCUGCCCUGCAGUGGCUGAAAUACCAUUGACGAUGGUCAGCGAGGAGGUGGAAGAGCAAGUCCAUUCCAUCCGAGGCAGCUCUUGUGCAAACCCUGUGAACUCAGUUCGGAGGAAAUCAUGUCUUGUGAAGGAAAUGGAAAAAAUGAAGAACAAACGAGAAGAGAAGAGGGCCCAGAACUCUGAAAUGAGAAUAAAGCGAGCUCAGGAGUAUGACAACAGCUUUCCAAACUGGGAAUUUGCCAGGAUGAUUAAAGAAUUUCGGGCUAAUUUGGAAUGUCAUCCACUUACUAUGACUGAUCCUAUCGAAGAGCACAGGAUAUGUGUCUGUGUUAGGAAACGCCCGCUGAAUAAACAAGAAUUGGCCAAGAAAGAAAUUGAUGUCAUUUCCGUUCCUAGCAAAUGUCUCCUCUUGGUACAUGAGCCCAAAUUAAAAGUGGACUUAACAAAGUAUCUGGAGAACCAGGCAUUCUGCUUUGACUUUGCAUUUGAUGAAACUGCUUCGAAUGAAGUUGUGUACAGGUUCACAGCAAGACCACUGGUACAGACAAUCUUUGAAGGUGGAAAAGCAACCUGUUUUGCAUAUGGCCAAACAGGAAGUGGCAAGACACAUACUAUGGGUGGAGACCUCUCAGGGAAAGCCCAGAAUGCAUCCAAAGGGAUCUACGCGAUGGCCUCCCAGGACGUCUUCCUCCUGAAGAAUCAGCCCCGUUACCGGAAACUGGGCCUGGAAGUCUAUGUGACAUUCUUUGAGAUCUACAAUGGGAAGCUGUUCGACCUGCUCAACAAGAAGGCCAAGCUGCGUGUGCUGGAGGAUGGCAAGCAGCAGGUGCAGGUGGUGGGACUGCAGGAGCACCUGGUUAACUGUGCUGAUGACGUCAUCAAGAUGAUCGACACAGGCAGUGCCUGCAGGACUUCUGGGCAGACAUUUGCCAAUUCCAACUCUUCCCGCUCCCACGCCUGCUUCCAGAUUCUUCUUCGAGCCAAAGGGAGAGUGCAUGGCAAGUUCUCUUUGGUGGAUUUAGCAGGGAAUGAGCGAGGUGCAGACACUUCCAGUGCUGACCGGCAGACCCGCAUGGAGGGUGCAGAAAUCAACAAGAGUCUCCUGGCCCUGAAGGAGUGCAUCAGGGCCCUGGGACAGAACAAGGCUCACACCCCAUUCCGGGAGAGCAAGCUGACACAGGUGCUGAGGGACUCCUUUAUUGGGGAGAACUCAAGGACCUGCAUGAUUGCCAUGAUCUCACCAGGCAUAAGCUCCUGUGAAUAUACUUUAAACACCCUAAGAUACGCAGACAGGGUCAAGGAGCUGAGCCCGCACAGUGGGCCCAGUGGGGAACAGCCAACUCAGAUGGAAACAGAAGAGACGGAAGUCAGCUCUAAUGGGGCCCUGAUUGAAGGCAAUUUCUCCAGGGAAGAGGAGGAACUGUCUUCUCAGAUGUCCAGCUUUAAUGAAGCCAUGACUCAGAUCAGGGAGCUAGAGGACAGGGCCGUGGAAGAGCUCAAGGAGAUUACCCAGCAAGGGCCAGACUGGCUUGAGCUCUCCGAGAUGACCGAGCAGCCAGACUACGACCUGGAGACCUUUGUGAACAAAGCGGAAUCUGCCCUGGCCAAGCAAGCCAAGCACUUCUCAGCCCUGCAAGAUGUCAUCAAGGCCUUGCGCCUGGCCAUGCAGCUGGAAGAGCAGGCCAGCAAACAAAUAAGCAGCAAGAAACGGCCCCAGUGAUGACUGCAAAUAA